ACAUUAUUUGGGUGAUGAUUGGCAGGCCAAAUGAAUUGCCAGUUUGUUGCCCGCGGCCCACUCGUUGAGGACCACUCGUUAGUGUGUGUGUUAGGGUCAGGAGCAUAUGCUACAGCAUACAGAGAGGGAGGACGGCCAACAGACAAACAGCAUGGCUGCACUAUAGCAGGGAGAUAACUUGGCCGCUCAGUUCAUAACAUCCUCACCACUGACCGACCAUGUUGGUCUGCUUCCAUUCACGAUAAGGCAAAACAGCGGAAACGACUCCCCAAGGUGCCAAAGGAUAGCUAAAGGACGGAGAACAGACUGCUUAGGGAACCGGAGAGGUCCGCUAGCUGACUGGCAUUAGCCGUGUACAGGCUCCACCAUCAUCUCCAUACAAUUCGUCUCCUCUCUUCACACCUCCCAGUGACAGCCCGAGGAUGGAUUGAAACAUGUGUGGAUCUCGCCCAUCAUCUACUGCUCUCUGAGCUAUUCUGUGUGAGUGAACUGGGAGAAAGAGAGGAAGAUGCCUCCCAGACCAUCCUCGGGGGAAUUAUGGGGCAUCCACCUGAUGCCUCCCAGGAUUCUGGUGGAUUGCCUGUUGCCCAAUGGGAUGAUUCUGACCCUGGAGUGCCUCCGUGAAGCCACGCUCAUUACCAUCAAACAUGAGCUGUUUAAAGAAGCCAGAAAGUACCCCCUGCACCAUCUUUUGCAGGAAGAGACCUCCUAUAUAUUUGUCAGUGUUACUCAGGAAGCUGAGCGGGAGGAGUUUUUUGAUGAAACUCGAAGGCUGUGUGAUCUCAGACUAUUUCAGCCUUUCCUUAAAGUCAUUGAACCAGUUGGCAACAGAGAGGAGAAGAUCCUGAACAGAGAGAUUGGUUUUGCCAUUGGCAUGCCAGUGUGUGAGUUUGACCUGGUGAAGGACCCUGAAGUUCAAGACUUUAGGAGAAACAUUCUGAAUGUGUGUAAAGACUCUGUGGAGCUGAGAGAUGCCACCGGGCCCCACAGCCGAGCCCUGUAUGUUUAUCCACCCAAUGUCGAGUCCACACAGGAACUCCCAAAACACAUUUACAGCAAACUGGACAAAGGUCAAAUUAUUGUUGUAAUUUGGGUGAUUGUGUCUCCAAAUAAUGACAAACAAAAGUAUACAUUGAAGAUCAACCAUGACUGUGUGCCUGAGCAGGUGAUUGCAGAAGCCAUUCGUAAGAAGACACGAAGUAUGCUGCUUUCCCCCGAACAACUAAAGAUGUGUGUUCAGGAAUAUCAGGGUAAAUACAUCCUCAAAGUUUGUGGCUGUGAUGAGUACCUGCUGGAAAAGUACCCCAUCAGCCAGUAUAAGUACAUCCGUAGUUGUAUCAUGCUGAGCAGGAUGCCUAACCUGAUGCUGAUGGCAAAGGACAGCCUUUACACCCAGUUGCCUACCGAUAACUUUGUCAUGCCGUCAUACUCGCGUCGCAUCUCCACGGCAACAUCCUAUAUGAAUGGCGAGGCAGCUGCCAAGUCACUGUGGACCAUCAAUGGAACGCUCCGAAUACGGAUCCUCUGUGCCACCUAUGUUAAUGUCAAUAUAAGGGACAUAGAUAAGAUUUAUGUAAGAACAGGCAUUUACCAUGGAGGAGAACAGAUGUGUGACAAUGUAAACACACAAAGAGUCCCAUGCUCUAACCCCAGAUGGAAUGAGUGGCUGACAUAUGACAUGUACAUCCCAGACAUCCCCCGUGCUGCCAGACUUUGCCUCUCUAUUUGCUCGGUCAAAGGCAGGAAGGGAGCCAAAGAGGAGCACUGUCCUUUGGCCUGGGGCAACGUCAACUUAUUUGACUACACCCACACUCUGGUGGCGAACAAGAUGGCGCUGAACCUGUGGCCUGUUCCUCAUGGCCUGGAAGAUCUCCUCAACCCCAUUGGAGUCACAGGCUCCAACCCCAAUAAGGAAACGCCAUGUCUGGAGCUGGAAUUCGAUCACUUCAGUAGUCCGGUCAAGUACCCAGAUAUGAAUGCUGUUGAGGAUCAUGCUAACUGGACAAUCUCAAGGGAACUGGGGUUUAACUACAACUUCUCUGGUCAGAGCAAUCGCGUCGCAAGAGACCACGCCCUCACCGACACUGACACAGAUCAGUUGAGACAGCUAAGUAACAGAGACCCUCUCUCAGAAAUCACUGAACAGGAGAAAGACUUCCUCUGGAGACAUAGGCACUAUUGCAUGAAUAUCCCAGAGAUCCUUCCCAAGAUCCUCCUUGCUGUCAAAUGGAACUCCAGAGAUGAAGUAGCACAGAUGUACUGUUUGUUGAAGGAAUGGCCGUCCAUUCGUCCAGAGCAGGCCAUGGAACUGCUGGACUGCAACUACCCAGAUCCCAUGGUCAGACACUUUGCUGUACGCUGCCUCGAUAAAUACCUGACUGAUGACAAAUUGUCUCAGUAUCUCAUCCAGCUUGUACAGGUGUUGAAAUAUGAACAGUACCUUGACAAUCCUCUGGCCCGUUUCCUCCUUAAAAAGGCUUUAACUAAUCAAAGAAUAGGGCAUUUUUUCUUUUGGCAUCUUAAGGCUGAAAUGCACAACAAAACAGUGAGCCAAAGGUUUGGUCUGCUGUUAGAAGCUUACUGCAGGGCUUGCGGCAUGUAUCUGAAACACCUAAGCAGACAAGUGGAGGCCAUGGAGAAGCUCAUCAACCUCACCGACAUUCUGAAACAGGAAAAGAAGGAUGAGACACAAAAGGUCCAGAUGCGAUUCUUGGUAGACCAGAUGAAAAGACCUGACUACAUGGAUGCACUACAGAAUUUCACCUCUCCUCUUAACCCUGCCCACCAACUGGGCAACCUGAGGUUAGAUGAAUGCAGGAUCAUGUCAUCUGCAAAAAGACCAUUGUGGCUCAACUGGGAAAAUCCGGACAUCAUGUCUGAGCUACUCUUUCAGAACAAUGAGAUUAUCUUCAAAAAUGGAGAUGACCUGCGACAGGAUAUGCUGACUCUACAGAUUAUCAAAAUCAUGGAGAACAUCUGGCAGAAUCAGGGACUUGACCUACGCAUGCUUCCAUACGGCUGUCUGUCGUUAGGAGAUUGUGUGGGGCUCAUUGAGGUGGUUCGUAGCUCACACACCAUCAUGCAGAUUCAGUGUAAAGGUGGCUUGAAAGGGGCUUUGCAGUUUAAUUCAAACACUCUGCAUCAGUGGCUCAGAGAUAAGAACAAGGGCGAGAUGUAUGAUAUGGCUGUGGAUCUUUUUACAAGGUCCUGUGCUGGCUACUGUGUAGCUACAUUUAUUCUUGGGAUUGGAGAUAGGCACAACAGCAAUAUUAUGGUCAAAGAUGAUGGACAGUUGUUCCAUAUAGACUUUGGACACUUCCUGGAUCACAAGAAGAAGAAAUUUGGCUAUAAGAGAGAGCGAGUGCCCUUUGUAUUGACACAAGACUUCCUCAUCGUCAUCAGUAAGGGCUCUCAGGAGUGUGCCAAAACCAAAGAGUUUGAAAGGUUCCAGGAAAUGUGUUAUAAAGCCUAUCUGGCCAUACGGCAGCAUGCUAACCUGUUCAUCAACCUGUUCUCCAUGAUGCUGGGUUCUGGCAUGCCUGAGUUGCAGUCAUUUGAUGACAUUGCCUACAUUAGGAAGACGCUGGCCCUAGAAAAAACAGAACAGGAGGCGUUGGACUAUUUUAUGAAACAAAUGAAUGACGCUCACCACGGUGGGUGGACCACCAAGAUGGACUGGAUUUUCCACACAAUUAGACAACACGCACUAAACUGAGCCGACCACCAGUCGCCUCAAUGUGGUCGCCACUUGCAGGUUUGAUGUGUCACUGGAUUUUCCGUCAUCCCACCUUGCAUAAGAUGCUCAUGAAUACAGGAAUCUCGCAGUUUAUUGUCAUUAUCAGUAUUUAUUUAUUUUAAAACGCAUCUUUUCUCAUUAGUUUUGUCUGCGUAAUCUAUUUUCACCUGCUGGUGCGGUCUCAAUGAUGCCUUUUUACUAUCUGGAGCCACAUAUCCUUGAAGCUCCUUCACGGAGGCUAACCAAAUACAUUCUUUGUUUUUGUAUAACACUGGAAUAUGGAAAAUGGAUGUUACUCCUUCCGCUUGAGAAGAACCUUUUAUGUGUGCAGCUACAAAUGUAGCCACUUGUGAGUCUUGCUACUGUAUUAGUGCUCCUUGCGUGUCCGCUUAGAAAGGAGAGACUUGUAAGUCGAGAAGCAGGAGGACAUGGAAAAUGAAGUAAAUCACUGCGUCACUGCGAUGGCUGCCACUAGACACAGUCUUCCACCUUGUGUGUGUGGUCUAACAUCUGUGAGCUGAUACGGGUGCGCCUUGCCACCUUAUUACCCCCCGCCCCCCUUGCAGACUCCCCAGUAUUCCCCACCCCAAGCCUCAAAGAGAAAGCACUGCACCCUCGGGGGCAUUUGUUGGUGGUGCACCAUGAGUACUUUUAAGCCAACUUCAGGGUGAUGUUGCCUCUCCAUCAAAAGCCACCAUUCUGAAUAACGAGAAAAAGGACUUAUUAUAACUUUCUAAAAGUUUUAUGUCAUCGUUUUCAUUCAUUUGUUCCAGUGGCAACCCCUACAUGCUGUUGUUUGUCACAUCUUUCUAGUUGCAUGCACCAAGUGGAAUUUUCUAAAUGAUUUAUUUUUGUGAUGCAAAAAGAACAGAGUGACAGUGCCAGUCUCCUCUUUUGUGAGUUUAGUUUGAGACCCAGGUGAAUGUCAUGUCUUCCUGUUUGAUCAAAAUGCCUUUCCGUCACAGCGUAACAUAUUAUGUAUAAGUAUAUUGCCAUGGAAACCAUAGCACUGAAAAACUGGAGUUAAUUUGCCUCUUUUAAUCAUGCAAUUAUCAUGUCUGCCAUGAGAAUGUUUAAUGUUGUUUUCAGAACUAGCACAUCUUCUCGUUAAACUGACAUUGUCUCUCCUAUAACACAACACUCUGAGACAGCACAUUUAGCGGUGGUCCGCUUUUAAUAUCAGUUCAGUGGUAUUGGGGAGCCAUGAAAAGUGAUGGCUAGAAUGUAUUUAACUGCUGCCUUAUGUGCACUCAUUAUUUAUAUCAUGUAUGUUUUUGUUCUGUUUCUUUAAAAUGCAUCUUGCAGUCGAUCAAAAUAGUUCCAGAGUUUGCAAGAAAAAAAUGUGUGCGCUUAUAAGUUCUUGUUGGUAGAAAUUCUACUGUUCCCUGUUUUUUUGUUUGUUUUUUUUUGCAUGUUUCUGAUGCAGCUGUGUAUGUAAAAUGGCAAGCAGCAUGAAGGUCCAGACCAACUUUUUUUUACGGAAAACAACUUUGUGCAUAUUGUUCAGCUGUAGUCUUGAAUGUUCUUGCAUGUGUUCUUAUGUCUGCACCGGUUGCAGAACAUCAUUGGCAGGUCCCAGUGACAACCCACUAUAUUGUGUGUGUGUGUGUGUGUGUGUGUGCUCAUAUGUAAAUGUGUUGCAAACAUUUAAUUCUUAACUGUUGAUUUACUUUUGUAUUGUUUUUAGGGACAAAAUUACAGGGGGUAAAAAAAAAAAUCGAUACUCCAUCAAAUCUCCAUCGCUCCAUUUUUUGGUGUUUGUGUCACUGUCGUGAAUGGCAGUUAGCAUCCAGGCCAAACUAGCUGAGUACAAAUUCCUCAAAUUGUCAUCCACAUUUGCAAAUGCAUUAUGAUUGCAAAUACAAUCAAAUGAUAGGAACUGACGAGUCCUACCCUAGUCACCCCAAAUACAACAUGCAACCCAAUGCAAUACAAAUGUGAAAUGAACAAAUUGUCUUUAGGUGCUAAUGUUUUUCCAUUGUGUUACCAUUUGGGUUCAAAUUGUCAUCUGAUGUUAGCAUUUUUGUUUUCUUCUUGGACCUGUACUGUACUAUUGUGAAUGUUACUGGUUUAAACUGAAUGGAUUUUGUCAGUUGUAGAAAUACAGAAACUCCAUUUUGGAUCAAAUUAUUGUUCAUUAUCACUUCUCAAAUGACCCAAAUGAAAAUGGAUGCAGUGAUAUACACGUUGUCCUUUUUAUACAGUAUGCAGUGUUGCUUCUUGUACAUGACAUAAUGUCAUACAUUUCCAUAACAUGACUGAACCUUAGCCUAUACUAUGAAUGUGCAGUGGGCCAAUGUAUAGUUUGUCACAUCCUACCUGCAUGAGAUUGUUUAAAGGUGAAGUGUCCACAUACAAAUAUUUGUCAAUGAAUGCCUUAAUUUACCCUUUGUUGGAACACUACUUCAUCCUGUCAUAACAUGUUUUAUUUUUAAUUAUAAUAUAUAUUUUUUUUCUUUAUUGGCUGCUUGGUCACAAAGUAAGUUUGCACCCUGACUGACUGACCAUCAGAGUGUUCUGUGAAGAUGUACAAAUACAUUUGUUAAACAUU